UGAGAGAGAGGUUGUCAUUGUUUUUAAGGAGUAAAAAUGGAAGAACAAAUGAGCUCUUUGUGUGUGACUCAUCUCCUUCAGCACACACUGAGAAGCUUAUGCAUUCAUCAAAACUCUCAAUGGGUUUAUGCAGUCUUUUGGAGGAUCUUGCCUAGAAACUACCCACCACCACAGAGAUAUCCAGAUGGAAGAAAACAAUGUGAUAGGAUCAAUAGCCAUGGAAAAGCAUAUGACAGGUCAAGAGGAAACAUGAGGAACUGGAUAUUGGUAUGGGAGGAUGGUUUCUGCAAUUUUGCAGCCACAACAGCUGCCAUAAAUGGCGGUGACAGUUCGGAGUCAUCCGUGUAUGGGAGCAGCUGUGAAUCUGAUCACCACCAUCAAGGCCUGCAACCAGAGCUAUUCUUCAAGAUGUCCCAUGAAAUCUACAACUAUGGUGAAGGUUUGAUCGGAAAAGUGGCUGCAGAUCAGAGUCAUAAAUGGAUAUAUGACAAGGAGCCAAGUGAUCAAGAGAUCAACUACUUGUCUUCAUGGCACAACUCAACUGAUUCACAUCCUCGGACUUGGGAAGCCCAAUUCAAGUCUGGUAUUAAGACUAUAGCUUUGAUUGCAGUAAGAGAAGGUGUUGUUCAGUUAGGAGCUAUUCACAAGGUGAUUGAGGACUUGAACUAUGUGGUGAUACUAAAAAAGAAGUUGAGCUACAUUGAGAGCAUCCCAGGGGUACUCUUGCCACAUCCAUCAUCUUCUUCUUCAGAACACUCCUUCAAGAUGGACGGCUAUGGCUUUGGCGCGCACGAAGCGUGGCACUUCCAUACCAAUCUUGUCCCUCCAACGGAAGUACUAGUCCAUGACCAUUUCAAUCAACCCGUGAGGGUAAUAACUCCCUCCAUGAGCAGCCUCGAGGCGCUCCUCUCCAAACUCCCUUCAGUAGUGCCACCACCACCUUCGCCGCUAACAUUAUCAUACGGUGAGGCUCGGCCGCUACCUUUAUUGUCUGAGAGGCCAAUGAAAAUGGCAGAGAAGGGGGUGGCCAAGGAAGAGGCCGACGAUGAUCAUGAUGCAGGCGAGAGUAGCCGUUUGAUGUAGUUUUAUCACCAUUGUCAGAGUUUUAACCAUUAUCAUGAUCUAAACGUAAUUAGCAGAAGCACCAACAAUGGAGUUUAAGUUAUUUAUUAGUGUUGGAAUUGUGUAUUGAUAUAUUAUUUUUACCUUUAGUAGUC